GAUUGCUCUGGAUGGGGGAGGAGAGAGCUUCCCUUCAUAAAUGGUCCCACCCCUGGACAAGGUAGCUCACUCUGACAGGUAACAACGGGGGAGUGUUCACCUGCCACCAGUCCAGCUCAGCAGGACUGUGAGACGAGACGGAGCUCAAGCAGAGGGAGUGAGUGAACAAUGGACAACUUGAAGUGCCCCAGUUUCUUCAAGUGCAGAGGGAAAGAGAAAGUGACAGCAUCAUCUGAGAAUUUCCAUAUUGAUGAAAAUGAUGAGAAUCAGGAACGUGGCAACUGGUCCAAAAAAUCAGAUUAUCUUCUAUCCAUGGUUGGAUAUGCAGUUGGAUUGGGAAAUGUGUGGAGAUUCCCAUAUUUGACCUACAACAAUGGCGGAGGUGCCUUCUUGAUACCUUAUGCAAUUAUGCUAGCAUUGGCUGGUUUACCAUUGUUCUUCCUAGAGUGUUCACUGGGACAAUUUGCUAGCUUAGGUCCAGUUUCAGUUUGGAAUAUUCUUCCAUUGUUUCAAGGUGUGGGAAUUACAAUGGUCCUGAUAUCCAUUUUUGUGACCAUCUAUUACAAUGUCAUAAUUGCCUAUAGUCUUUACUACAUGUUUGCUUCUUUUCAAAGUGAAUUACCAUGGAAAAAUUGUUCUUAUUGGGCAGAUCAAUACUGUAGCAGAUCACCUAUCGUAACUCACUGCGAUGUGAGUACACAACUAGGAACAUUCAUCCAUGUGAAUAAAAGCUGGGUAGACUUCAACAAUUUUACCUGCAUUAAUGGAACUGAAGUUUAUCAGCCAGGGCAGCUUCCCAGUGAACAAUAUUGGAACAAAGUGGCACUCCGACGCUCAAGUGGAAUGGAUGAGACUGGAGAAAUUGUGUGGUAUUUAGCACUUUGUCUUCUUCUGGCUUGGCUCAUAGUUGGUGCAGCACUACUUAAAGGAAUCAAGUCUUCUGGAAAGGUGGUAUAUUUUACAGCUCUUUUCCCAUAUGUUGUCCUACUCAUUCUGCUAUUACGAGGUGCAACUCUGGAGGGUGCAUCAAAGGGCAUUUCAUAUUAUAUAGGAGCACAGUCAAAUUUUACAAAACUUAUGGAAGCUGAGGUUUGGAAAGAUGCUGCUACACAGAUAUUUUACUCCCUUUCAGUGGCUUGGGGUGGCUUAGUUGCUCUAUCAUCUUACAACAAGUUCAAUAACAACUGCUUCUCAGAUGCCAUUGUGGUAUGUUUGACAAACUGCCUCACUAGUGUGUUUGCUGGAUUUGCUAUUUUUUCUAUAUUGGGACACAUGGCUCACAUCUCUGGACAGGAAGUUUCUCAAGUUGUAAAAUCAGGUUUUGAUUUGGCAUUCAUUGCUUAUCCAGAAGCUCUAGCCCAGCUCCCAGGUGGACCAUUCUGGUCCAUAUUAUUUUUCUUCAUGCUUUUGACUUUGGGUCUCGACUCUCAGUUUGCUUCUAUCGAAACAAUUACAACAACAAUUCAAGAUUUAUUUCCCAAAGUGAUGAAGAAAAUGAGAAUUCCCAUAACUUUGGGUUGCUGCCUGGUUUUGUUUCUCCUUGGUCUCGUCUGUGUAACUCAGGCUGGAAUUUACUGGGUUAAUCUGAUUGACCACUUCUGUGCUGGAUGGGGCAUUUUGAUUGCAGCUAUACUGGAAAUAGUAGGAAUCAUCUGGAUUUAUGGAGGGAACAGAUUCAUUGAAGACAUAGAAAUGAUGAUUGGAGCAAAAAGGUGGAUAUUCUGGCUAUGGUGGAGAGCUUGCUGGUUUGUCAUUACACCUAUUCUUUUGAUUGCAAUUUUUAUCUGGUCACUGGUGAAAUUUAAUAAACCAACUUAUGGUGGAAUUCCAGACUGGGGAGUUGCUAUAGGCUGGUGUUUGAUUAUUUUCUGCAUUAUUUGGAUUCCAAUUAUGGCUAUUAUAAAAAUAAUUCAAGCUAAAGGAAACAUCAUUCAACGUAUUGUAAGCUGCUGUAGACCAGCUUCUAACUGGGGUCCAUACCUGGAACGACACCGUGGGGAGAGAUAUAAAGACAUGGUGGAUCCUAAGAAAGAGAUUGACCAUGAAAUACCUACUGUCAGUAGCAGUGUAAAACCAGAAUAACUUCUAAAUUAAAAAAAAUAUGUGCAUGUGUAAUGUGAUUAUUUUAGAGAAAAUUUUUAUUUAUUUGUAUGUUAAUUGAAUAAAAUGUAUAUAUUAUGUUCAUAAUAGUAUAACAGUUAUUUUUUCUCACUUAAGCAGGAAUGCAAUAUAAAAAUGUGAAUCUAGUAAUGUUUAGCAAUGUGCCUAUUAUAUAUAUUUUUAAAUGAUCCAUCCGUAUUAACACACACAUAGCUGUCUCUAAUUCAUAAUAACGUUUUUGUACAUAUUACCAUAA